AUGCUCGCAACCAACCCAGGACAGCCAAGCAAGCCUCGGGCAGCAGACCAGCCGCCAUCCGAGAAACGAAGACGGACCGGCAAGGAUACCACCUCGCAUGGCCCCACGCUCGAGGUCGCCCUGGUCGACAUCGACCUGGUCGUCUUUGGCCGCUACGAGAUCAAGGCCUGGUUCCCAUCCCCCUACGUGAUCGACCAGCUGGAGUACCGGCAAGCCACAUCAGCCGCAAAGCCUCCCCCUCAGCCCGAGCCUGCAACCCUCCGCUUGAAACGCCAGAGUAACGGGCGGUUCCUCAAGAAGCAGCCCAAGAGCAGCAGACCAACCCGCCACACCCAUGCCUUCCAAGAGCAUCCGCCUAAUACCCUCCCCACUUCACCCUCCCACUCCACACCCCCGCCCGAAACCCACGACGACGACCAUCGGAUCCAAAAACACAACCGAUCGCCCAGCCCAGACUCCCUAUCCUCCUUGCAAUCCACCUCCUCGCCCCCCUCGAACCACUCCGACCUCCAUCAUCCAAACCAUCUCCUGCCCGUCCCGCCCAACCAUCUCUACCCGAGUCCCCAGUCUCACCCCUCCAGCCUCACCUCCGACCCCGGCCCCACCACAUCCCACCCCGCCUCAAACCAUCUCCUCCCUCACUCUCGUCCGCCCCCCGCCCUCAAGCUGUACGUCUGCGAUGGGUGUCUCAAAUACUUGUUCUCAUCCGAGUCCUACCUCCAGCACAAGAGCGGCAAGCUGAUCAUCCGCGAAGUGGACGGCUCGAGUGCCAAGCUGUACUGCCAAUGUCUGUGUCUGUUCGGCAAGCUGUUCAUCGACCACAAGUACAUCUUCUUCGACGUCGAAGGCUUCAAGUUCUACGUGCUGACGGAAGCGGGCGACGAAGCGGGGGGUCGGGAGACGAUUGUGGGGUUUUUCUCGAAGGAGAAGAUCAGCUACGACGGGUACAACCUGGCGUGUAUCGUGACGCUGCCACCGUUCCAGAACAAGGGCCACGGGACGCUGCUGAUCGAGUUCAGCUACGAGCUGGACCGGAUCGAGGCGGAGAAGGGUGCGGGGGUGUUUCUGGAGCACUCGCACAAGCAGGUUUUGGGGACGCCGGAGCGGCCGCUGUCGGCGCUGGGUGCGCGCGGCUAUCUGCGCUUCUGGACCGCCGUCCUGGUCCGCUUCUUCCGCACGCUCUUCACCCCGCCGGCGCCGCGUGCGGCCACCAAGGCGUCGGCGCGAAGAGGGGCCCCGCCGGCCGAGACGCCGAUCGCGAUCUCGCUCGAGCACAUCUCCCGCUCCACCCGGCUCCGGCCGGACGACGUCGCCUUCGCGCUCGAAGACGAAGAAGAGGCCUUCGUGAUCACGCCCCGGCUCGUCGAGCGCGUCGCCCGCAAAGCCAACGUCCGCCGCGCCCUCCUCGACCCCCGACACGUCCUCCUCAACCCUCUGUACACUCCCUUCCUCCCGCCCCCGUCUGUCCGUCCCCCCGCCCCACCUUUCUCCGAACCCACACCUAACCUCUGCCAGACCCGGCCCUCACGCCCGUCUCUCUGCGGAUCUCAAGCCCUUGAGCUCUUAAGACCUCAAGCCCUCAAGACCUCAAGCCCUCCAAAUCUCAAGCCCCAAAACCAUUAUCAUCAACAAAAACCUAACUCCUUCAAUCACUCAACCGCUCACUCAUAUCGACUCUUCCUCACUUUUCCCCACUCUCUCAUCUGA